UGUGCACUGAACUUGCUGUUACACCGCUGAGACCGAUUAACCUAGCAUACAAGCUUCAACGAGUUUAAAUAUUCUUCAUAGAACAAGGAAUUGUAAAGAAGGAGAGAGCGCUGAUCACGUUGAAAUAGCAACCCCGCCGGUUUCAGUAGAGAAAGGUUGCUAUUUUAUAAUUGACUAGAAAGAGAGGGUGAACUAAUUUUGAACGGGUUACUCGCACAAUGGCGAAAGCAGUGAUUAGCGUUUGAUGACCACGUACAGCGUCUCAACGUAGGCCUACAACUAGUACCUCAGGGUUUAAUAAUAAUGAAUCUAAUUUUUAAAUGGCUUCCGUAUAUCUUUUAAAAUGUUAUAAGCUUACCGCGAAUCGCUCGCGGGCGAGUUAGGACAAAGUUACAUUUCCACGCCCACGGCCACGACACACAAAACGUGACAAAGUAUCAAAGAAGCCCAAGCAAGCAGUCACCGUCAAGACAGGUGCUGGUCCCAAAGUAGGAGUGCGCCCUCGUUCGUUGUGACAUGUGUCAAGUGUGCAAGGUAUACCUGAGUUAGAUGUUGUAUAAACCAAACAUAAAAUGGCCAAUAAUCCUACUGUCAUCAUAAGGCGGAGAAAAAAGAAUUUUCUCGACGAAGAAGUAGAAGUACUCGUAAACGAAGUAAGCAUGCGAAGAAGCGUACUGUGUGGACCGGUCGCAGCAGAACUGCGGCCAAUGCCACGUUCAAAUAGGAGAAGAGCAUGGGAGGGCGUAUGCGAUGCUGUGAAUCGUGUCGCCGCUGUCAGCCGUGCAUCAGGAGAUGUCAAAAAGAAAUGGUCUGAUCUUAAGGUGAUUGCGAGAAAGCGUGGUGCAGAAUACAAGCGAGGUAUUGCGAUGACAGGAGCUGGGUAUGCACCCCCACUUCCAUUAGAUAAAAGAACUGAGAAGAUUCUCUCAUUAAUUGGAGAAACCGAAGAUGAAGAAGAAGAGGAAGAAGAAGAAGAAGAAGAAGAAGAAGAGACCAUGCCACACGUAACCAAGAAGGAAGAAGUGUGGAUAGAAUCGGCAGCCGGUGCAGACAACCCGUCGACGAGCCAUGCGGAGGCACCACAACAGCCCAAAGGAGCAUCCUCUUUGUUCUGGAACUUCUCGGGUGCCUGCGCAGAAGCGAGCGCGUACCGACGAAAAAGGAAACGUAGCAGCCCCGAGGUUGCCACGCUGCACGUGCAACGUAGACUGCUAUUGAAACUGAAUGAGCUGACGCGGAUAGAGGCACAACGCCUGCAAGUCGAGAGGGAGCUGCUCGCCAUUAAGAAGAGAAAGGUCAUUCCGCAACCGGCCGAGAUGCAGACACAAGAGCCAAAGAUUAUGAGGGCCGUGCAGUACACACCUGGCUGUGGACCGGAAGGUUUAAGAAUAGGAAGUAUUGCAGUCCCAACCCUGCGAAAGAGAGAGAUACUUGUUAAGGUAUAUGCAACAGCUAUCAACAGAGCAGAUCUUCUCCAACGCAAAGGACUCUACCUAGUUCCCCCUGGUGACAGUGACAUACUUGGGUUGGAAGUUGCUGGAAUCAUUGAGGAAAUUGAGGGUACUUGCACUGGGACUUGGAAGCCUGGAGACAGAGUUAUGGCACUGGUGGGUGGAGGUGGCUAUGCAGAGUAUGCAGCCAUGCACGAGGCUCACGUAAUGGCGAUACCAGAAGGCAUGGACUUUGUCCACGCAGCUGCCAUUCCUGAGGUUUGGCUCACAGCAUACCAGUUACUACACACCAUAGGUGGAGUAAAGAAUGGGGAGACGGUGCUAGUGCACGACGAAGGCGGCGGUGUCGGCACGGCAGCUGUACAGCUCGUGUCUCUAGUUGCUGCCACCUCAAUCGUCACUGCCGGAUCGGAGGAGAAGAUACGGAAGGCGAUGAACUUGGGCGCCAAAGUUGGCUUCAACUAUCACGAAGGCAGCUUUGCGAAGAAGGUUCUAGAAGAGACGGCAGGCAAAGGAGCCGAUCUGAUUCUGGACUGCGUCGGUGAGUCUUACUGGGAGCUCAACAUGGAGUGUAUAGCUGUCGACGGCCGGUGGGUGCUGUACGGACUGCUUGGAGGGGGUUGUGUCAACGGAAAUCUGCUGGCCAUGCUCCUAAGAAAGCGGGUUAUGCUGCAGGCAACGGCACUCCGUUCCAGGUCGACAGAGUAUAAAACCAAGCUGAUUCGUAGCUUCGAGGAGGCCGCACUUCCUCUCUUCUCGACCGGAAGGCUGCGGCCCAUCGUAGACACGGUGCUGCCCUUCGGUCAACUCAUAUGCCACUACCAGUGGCUACUGCCAUAUAAAACCAAGCUGAUUCGUAGCUUCGAGGAGGCCGCACUUCCUCUCUUCUCGACCGGAAGGCUGCGGCCCAUCGUAGACACGGUGCUGCCCUUCGGUCAACUCAGUCAGGCUCACAGGAUGCUCGAGGAAAACAAAAACUCCGGCAAGGUGGUACUGAUGCUGCGAGCGGACCAUGAGCAGACGGGCGACAAGAUUGAUGCUGACGUGUGAGGGCGAGUACCAGCACAAUGCCAGCACAGACAGCCACAAGAUUGAUGCUGACGUGUGAUGAUGUCACAUACCAGCACAAUGCCAGGACACUGAGACCUUUGUGGGGAGUGUGAUUGUUGGAUUGGCAUGAGGGGGCAUACAAGAGGCUCUUGGCAACAUUUGCCAAACCAUUAUUCCUAUGACUGCACUGUUAUGGUGUACACCUCUCUGUUCAAGGGAGUGUACAAAAACAUUUUAUGAAAUAUAUAAAGAUGAUGAUGGUGAUAGAAAGAUGACAUAAAUACAAUAUAAAGACAUGUUAUCUUCUGUUACGUUGCGAAUAGCUCACUCUGCAGUGUUAAGCUGAUUAAGUAACUCACCUCCUGCUAGUCACCUUUCGUCGUUUAGCUUUAGUUUAUAAUGCCUGUCAAUAGAUGUCACUAGUGCAUGAUGAUUUUACAUUGUCAUGUAAUGAUUGAUCACUAUAGUUCUCCUUUUUCCAUAUACUGCCGCAGAUAAGGUCUAUGUCCCCCUGACCUCUGUUUGACCUGGCUCGUUUAGCUAUUUCUGACUAAUAUAUAUAUAUAUAAUAUAUAAAAUAUAUAGGGUUAAGGUUAGGGUUACAGGGCCGGCGGAGCCGGUCCGGCUAGUCCGGCCAUGGCCGGACCAAUAAUUUUUCCAAUCAUGAUUGUUUUGAAGCACGCAUUUUCGUUAUGCACAGGCUGGAUCUACAGUUAUUGUAAUCCUGAGCAUAUCUGAAAUCCAGGGGCGUGUACAAGGGGGGGGGGUCCAGGGGCCCGUUCGGGACCCCCCCCCCUGCUCGCGCA